GCUACAUUGCUUCUGUGGUGCUGCAGUUUGUGCUACAAAAUUAAUGAAUUUAUUUAUGGACUAAUAUUGAUGCAAUGUGCAUCAUUAACUUCUGGCAGUUUGAUGAGCAAUUUUAAAUCCUUUCAGCCAUGACUAGCUUGCUCAAGGAAACAUAUUCAUCUGCUGAAUUGUUUGACAAUGAUGGCAUCACCUGGACUACAGUCAUCAAGGAAGAAAAGUCUAUUGUUGCAGAAAUUCUUGAAACUUUUGAUGGAGUUGAUGAUGGUAUCAUCGAGCUCAGUGUCACAGAUGACUGCCAAAUCAUCAGCUCGCAUAUUCAAGAACCAACAACAUCCAUCAAGAGAGAAGCCGAUGAUAUCAUUUCCAUCAACAAUUCCAGUGAUUUUGUUGAGUUCAAAAGUGAAAUUCCUGGUCUUGAGAACCACGAUAUAGAUUGGGAUAGUCAAAUGAACCAAGGUUUAGGAGGCAAGGUGUCAAAUAGGGCUAAAAGUCUCACUAAGAGUGGCUUAUUGAGAAAAGUUGGCUAUAAAAAAUCAAAAGCAAAAAAAUUAUUGAGCAGUGCCAAACCGCAUAAUAAUAGUUACAACGAUGAUUCAUACCUUAUGAAGAUUGCGUCUCAGAAAGAACAUUAUGAUCAUUUUCUGUUCAGUCAUAUUAGUGAAGAAACAAACUCUGAAGAUCAAAUGAUUACCGUGGUAGCAGACGAUAGCAGUGAGAGUGACUUGCAAUACUUUGAGACGUGUGAACUUACUGACAAUGGUGACGGCAUGCAGUCCUCCUUGCAGAUCGAGUAUGGUUCAGGGGUGGACAUUUACGAGAGUGUUGAGGCUUAUGACAGUGACACUGAAUUCAAGGAGCCAAAGUCAAAGCGCCGAGUUUCAAAAGGUGUUAGGACACGAUGCAACAGGUGUGCCAUGCAGUUUUCCUCAAGAAGUGAGCUGGUACAUCACCGUAAGCUCAUCCACCGUAAUACUUUUACCUGUGAUUUAUGUGGUGCUGUGUACAAGAGCGCAUUCAAGUACCACUGCCAUAUGGGUGGUCAUGAUAAUAGGUUCACUUGUGGGCAAUGCAAGCGCACAUUCCAGCGCAUCACAGGCUUCAAGAAGCACAUGCGCUACUGUCAUAAAGUGGCCAACCCGAACAUUUGUGUGGUGUGUGGCUUGUGCCUCACGAGCUUCGCUGGUUUAGACACUCACAUCAGAGAGGAACACCCUGAUGAUUACAGACUAAUCCAUUCUUUCUUCAAGCAAUGCACUCACUGUAGGUAUCAAUUCAUGACGGAGUUGUCGUACCUCAAUCACAUCAAGAGUGCACCCUACACUUGUUCCGAGUGCCAUUUAAAUUUUGAAUGCAAUAAUAAGUUGAGCAGCCACAUGAGCUUCAAGCACAAGCCUCAAGUUUGUGCUCGUUGUGGCAAGGAGUUUGAUGCUUUCGAUCAGUACACCUACCACGUCCGCUACCAUCACACAGACAAACACAUCAAGUGUCCUUACUGCGAAGAAAGGUUCCGCGUGCGGUCGCGACUGCUCAUACACAUCGACGUCAACCACACUGACGGCCAUAACUAUAAGUGCAAUCACUGCGAUUACACCGCCAAAAAUUAUGCUUCUGUAAAUAGACACCGUCGUAUUGCCCACAUGCCGAAAAGCGAGACGCACAAAAACGUGUGCGAAAUCUGCGGCAAGUCUUUCCUAGUUCUAUCCCGUCUGAAGGUCCAUAUGAAAUCUCACUCUGACGCCAAGCCGUACGUGUGUACAGUGUGUGGACGAGGCUAUAAGUUUCAGUAUUUACUUAAAAGACAUCAUCGUAACCCUGACAUUUGUUUGCGAGUCUUAUUCCCUAACGGAACGAGACUGGAGAGGAAAGGAAGGCGAAGGUGUGACAUGUGCCAAAUAGACUUCGGGUCUCCUGACGAGCUCGCCAUACAUAUGGUACAGGUGCACAAAGUAAAGAUAGAAACCAAGGAGGUCAGAGAAGAUGAUAUGAUUAUUGACGAAUCUGAUCAAGAAGUCAUCGUGGAAGACAAAAUGACCAUUCAAUUGAAGGUUGACAGCGAAUCACGUGAUCUCUUGGAGCCUAGUAAUGUCAUACGUGUAACCGAUGAAGAAAAUUUGAUUGAAACUGAAGAGGUAGAUCAAAAAGAAUUCUCUAAGACUGAAGAUCAAACUGUUGACUCAAGAGACAGCUAUGUGUCAGAUAUACCGCAUGUGGAAACACACAUACGAUCGAGCAGUAGCGAUCAAGAGGGCAGCAAUGAUCAAGAAAGUGCUUCUUUCGCACUGCUAUCCAAGUCAUGUAUGGAGAGUGAGAAUGUGAAGUACAGAAGAAACAAAUCUCAGCAAGACCAGCAAAAUCUCGACAAUUAUUCUGUUUCUAACUCCGGAGAAUUAAAAAGACCGACGCAUAACACUAAUGUACAUCGGCAUCGCCUGGCUGAGACACAAAAAAUUCGAGGAAGAAGAAAAUUAUCUGCCACGUAGGCUGUCAGGCGAAUGCUAGUUGAGCGAUAUCUCGGUUUCUGAUAAAGUUUUUCUAAUGAUGUAAAGUGCUUAAAAAGAAUACGUGUAUUUUAAAUGCGUUAAUACUCCUGUUCCGCAUUUUUUUCAUUAAGUGUGUUCUAGAAAUAGUUCUCCUAGUCUUAAAUUAGCCACCGAGGACGCAUGGAUUUGUAUUCGUCAGCCAUCUGGCGUGUCUCACAUGUGAAAUAUUAAUAUUAUUCCACUAUAAGAAUCAUAAUUACUGAAUUAGGAAUGACUAAUUUACUCUAAAUUAGCAGGUCAGUAUCAGUAUUGUUUCUGUGCUUGAAAACUAUGCGAUCAGAACGUCAUUUGCUUUGUCAAGUUAGCAUUUCCCGACUCAACAGCACAGUUACAAUUACAUCCACAUUUACCCACUAAGACUCUCUUAUACCCAGAAAUUACAUGCUCUUAUGCCUGGGCAGUACAUACACUCUUACUCCAUGCAUUAUACCCUCCUAUUACAUGUGCUUACACUCUCCUAUUACAUGCGCCUAUACCCCAAAACCUUGAUGGCAGAUUUUAUUGCGUAAUUUUUAUACUAGAUUUUGCUCUAUGCAUGUUUCUGUCUCAUUUAUUGUGGACACUUCUUGCCAAUGUUUAACAUACACGAGUUGAUCGAGUUGAGGAGUGGAAGAUGCCUUCAAAUGUUUGGUGCGCUAAUACCGUAGUACAGCUGUUUGAACGCGAAGAUAAAUCACUAUAUCUGCUUUAUGGGUCCUUCAGUUUGAUUGUUUUUCUCUUUAUCAGUACUUAACCUUCUAUUAAUACAUUUUUAACUAUU